CGAGUUCUUGAAGCAAUGGACACUGAUGUAAAUCCAUGUGACAACUUUUAUGACUUUGCAUGUGGCAAAUGGUCUAAAAUGAAUUCGAUCCCCGAGGGUUCGUCAUACUACAGUACACGCAGAGAAAAGAGCGAAUCUAACCUAUUGAUUAUUAAAUCUGUGUUGGAGAAAGAAAUAAGUCCUGGUGAUAUAGAUUCUGUUGUUAAAGCAAAGAAAUUUUACAAGUCAUGCAUGGAUACAGAUAAAAUAGAGAAGCUUGGGAAUGCUCCUCUACACGAAUAUAUGGAAAGUAUGGGUGGAUUACCAAUGUUGGGGGAUGCUCCAGGCGGUAGAUGGGAUUCAAGUUCUUAUUCAUUAGAGGAUCUUCUUGUUAAAUCAUUCCACAUGACACCUUCUACACCAAUGAUUCAUCUUUCUAUAAAGGAUACAAACAAGAAAAAAGAUCGAUUCGAACUCCAAAUCGAUCAGCCGGAAAUGGACUGGUUUCUGACAAGUCAAGAUUCUGAAAUAUAUCUUAAUGGUUACGAGACUUACCUAAAGGAAAUGUUUCUAGCUUUAGGUGCUAAUGAAAGCAUAGCAGCUGUUUACGCAAAGGAUAUAGUUAAUCUUGAAGUUGAUAUUGCAAAAAUUUUAAUACCAUUUGGAGAAGGGACCAGUGGCCGUCUUACAGUGAAUGAACUUCAAGACUUAGUUCCAACUAAGGUAAACUUAACAAAAGUAAUAGAGAGCAUCUAUCAGUCUGGUGGUUUUUCUCUCGACCGAUCUAAUAGAAUUUGGAUAUUUUCACCAGAGUAUUUUACCCGUCUUGGGAACAUAACAACAAAAUAUCCAGAAAGAGUAAUUGCUAGUUAUAUUGUGGUUAAGACAGCCCUGAGUCAAGUGCACUUCCUACCAAAAAUAUAUACGGAUAUUUUGGAUAAACUGUAUAGGGUAUUGGGUUUAACAUUACGUUCAGAACAGAGAUGGUCGUUUUGUGUAUCUACAUUGACAGACAGGAUGCCAUAUGUAUCUGGUAGAUUGUUUGUUCGUGAAGCUUUUCUAGAAGAAGAACAGGCUUAUAUGUUAGAUGUAGCAAAUCGACAUAAGAAAGUUUUUAUGGAGAUACUGAACAGACAAUCAUGGAUUUCAAAUAAAUUUAAAAAGCAGUUGGUUAAAAAGGCGGGAGCAAUGAAAUUCGAAGCUGGUUACCCAAAGCUUGUUGACAAUGAUCGUGCUCUUAAUAAAAUUCAUAAACAUUUUACAGUCUAUGAUAGUGACCCGUACAAAACUGUUGCAAGCAUGGCUGACGCAGAAAUGAUUCGAGCAGCUGAGUUACUGAAACGAGAUUUCGACGACAAUGUAUGGAGCGAAACACCCGUUACUAACAAUGCAUAUUAUUCUUUAAGCUUCAAUACAGUUGUUCUUCUCGCAGGGCAUCUGCAACCAAGGACGUAUUCACAUGACAUGCCUGAGUAUAUGAACUACGGAGGAGCAGGCUAUGUGAUUGGACAUGAAAUAACACAUGGAUUCGACUCCGAAGGAAGACUUUUUACUAAAGACGGUAAAUAUGUUUUUGACCUGUGGCCAGCCAAAGACCAAGAAAAUUAUGUAAAUCAUGUGAAUUGUUUAAUAAAUCAAUUUAACAACUACACAAUACCAGGCACCGGUGGAACGAAGCAUAAUGGUAUGUUGACAUAUAACGAAAAUAUUGCUGACAAUGGAGGGUUAAAGAUUGGCUAUGAGGCUUAUCGUAAAUGGGUGAAGACCAGCAGAAAAGGCAAAGAAGAAAACAGAUUACCUAGGCUGCCUUAUACCCCAGACCAACUAUUCUUUCUUAAUUUUGCACAGGUGAUAAUCGUUUGUAAUGCCAGAUAUCAAUUAUUUCAUUUUAUCAAAUUACACUUUAUUACAAAACCUUUAAUUAAUAACGUGUUACGGAAAGAAUUUGUUUAUUCAAGCGUGUGA